AUGUCGCCGCGAUGUCCCUGCGCGGCUCUGUGCGUGGCUCUUUGCUGCACCGCUGUAUCUGCGGCUGCUGUUGGUGGCCCGAAGCAAUUGCAUCUGGCCUUGGGGGAGAAGCCGACCGUUGUCACCGUGACAUUCGUUAGCAGUGUCUCAUACAGAAAUUCAACUUGCAGCAUUCGCCAUCCUAACAGCACGAGACCCAUGCGCUCCUAUGUUGGCAAAUCCCGGUUGUACAAGAACCAGGGAUGGUCCGGCCGGAUCCAUUCGGUUAGAAUGGACGAACUCCCCGAGAGCACGCCCUUGUCUUAUUCAUGCGAUGGCGAAUCCUGGCACGGAUUCCAGACGCCACCUCCUGUUGGCCACCUUCCCAUCACCAUCGCCGCGGUUGCUGACUUGGGAGAAAACUGUGACAAGGAAGGAUGUGGAAAUGCAACCAUUGCCUCUUUGGUUGCCGAUACAUCGUACACCAUGCUCCUGCACGCUGGCGAUAUCGCAUACACAGGGGGAGAUGAAACCAUCUGGGAUCACUUCAUGACAGAGAUCGAACCUAUCGCACGGGAGCGACCGUACAUGGUUUGCGUAGGAAACCACGAACACUUCAACAAUUUCACGGGCUACAAAGUUCGGUUUACGAUGCCAGGUGCUGCUCAUGACAACGGUAACUUGUGGUACUCCUUCGACUACGGUGGUGUCCAUUUCUUGACUUUUUCCACCGAGCACCAUCUCGACAUGCAGCUAUCGUUCAUCAAACAAGAUUUAGAGGCCGCUUCUGCUAACAGGGACAAGGUACCCUGGAUCGUCGUGUUCGCACACAAGCCCCUUUACUGCUCCACGAAUGAUUACUACGAUUGCAACAUCAACAGCAUUCGCCUUCGUCGGGAGCUGGAGCCACUAUUCCAAGAUCACAAGGUGGACUUGUUCUUGGGAGGCCAUCUGCACAACUACGAACGCACCUGGCCCGUGAUGCAGAAUGUGACCGUGGCCAAAAGCUACACCAACCCCAAGGCCACCGUGCACGCAGUAAUUGGCAAUGCUGGAGAUUCCGAAGGCCUGACCGACAAGUGGGAGUCAUGCCCCGACUGGUCUGUGAUCCGCCAAGCCUCCCUUGGCUAUGCCAAGCUAUACUUUGAAAGCCGCACGAAGAUGAAGUUCGAUUUGGUGGAAUCGACGAAUGGCUCCUUGAUUGAUACCUUCACGAUCGAGCGAUUCGUGCCAGAGGCGCCAGCGAUGCUGUCAGUGUACACGUAG